AUGAGAGCGGUGGAGGAGUGCCGGCCGCCCACGUACUGGUCAUACACACCCGACAAACAACGGUUAGAACUCGUGAAAACGACCACGACCACGGCAGCCACAGGCGCCAAGACCAACAAACCUAACAUCAACAAUAAACCUAAACCUAAACCUAAUCUCGUAGUUAGUGUUCGUGAUGCAUCACGCGCCACCAUGAUCAACUCGUCGUCGUCUUCUUACACGUUACCGAAUGCACAUUAUGGUAAUAAAGACGCAGAAGUGAGGAGGAAACAGAGAAUCAUGUCUUACAACGCGUAUGCCGUUGAAGGGAAACUGAAGGCCUCAAUCCGUAGCAGCUUCCGAUGGAUGAAGAACAAAUGCUCCACCAUCGUGCAUGGAUAUUGA